AUGAUGAGGGGAUCAGAACCAAUUUUGGACAUGGAUAUAGCAAACUACAGCGAAGUCUUAGACCCAACUUAUACUACUUUGGAGUUUGAAACUAUGCAGAUUCUCUACAAUUCAAGUGGAGACGGUUCUGCCACUGAACAAAACAGAAUGAAUACUCCAGACAACGGGAUGAACAGUCUUUGUGCCAUAUGUGGAGAUCGAGCAACUGGAAAGCACUAUGGUGCCUCAAGUUGUGAUGGGUGCAAAGGUUUCUUCAGACGGAGUAUUCGAAAGAGUCAUGUUUAUUCCUGCAGGUUCAGCCGACAGUGCGUUGUUGACAAAGACAAGAGGAAUCAGUGUAGAUAUUGUCGUUUAAAAAAGUGUUUCCGAGCAGGAAUGAAGAAAGAAGCUGUGCAAAAUGAACGAGACAGGAUAAGCACGAGGAGAAAUAACUUUGAAGGCAGCAACAUUCCCUCUAUUAAUACAUUGGCACAAGCUGAAGCUCUUUCUCGUCAGAUUCCAGUUUCAAACCCCAGUGCAAAUACUGACAUAAAUGUUAAGAAAAUUGCUAGUAUUGGUGAUGUCUGUGAAUCUAUGAAGCAGCAACUAUUAGUCCUGGUGGAGUGGGCUAAAUAUAUCCCUGCCUUCUGUGAGUUACCAUUGGAUGAUCAGGUUGCACUUUUAAGAGCACAUGCAGGAGAGCACCUGCUACUUGGUGCCACAAAGCGAUCCAUGAUUUAUAAAGACAUCUUACUUUUGGGUAACAACUACAUCAUUCAUCGGAACAGCUGUGAAGUGGAGAUCAGUCGUGUGGCCAAUCGCGUUCUCGAUGAGCUAGUCCGCCCAUUUCAGGAAAUUCAGAUCGAUGACAAUGAAUAUGCUUGUCUGAAGGCAAUUGUAUUUUUUGAUCCAGAUGCAAAAGGAUUAAGUGACCCAGUGAAAAUAAAAAAUAUGCGAUUCCAAGUCCAGAUCAGUUUAGAAGACUACAUCAAUGACAGACAAUACGAUUCCAGGGGAAGGUUUGGUGAACUGCUUUUGCUCCUGCCUACACUGCAGAGCAUCACUUGGCAAAUGAUUGAGCAAAUACAAUUUGUCAAACUGUUUGGGAUGGUUAAAAUUGACAAUUUACUUCAGGAAAUGUUACUAGGAGGUGCUUCUAAUGAUACUAGCCAUCUUCAUCAUCCCGUGCAUCCUCAUUUAUCCCAGGAUCCAUUAACCGGGCAAACUAUACUUAUAAGCUCUAUGUCAACUCCAGUGCAUACAGAACAGAUCUCAACUCCUGAAACUCCACUACCUUCCCCACCACAAGGCUCUGGACAAGAACAGUACAAAAUGCCCACAAACCAGGCUUCAGUCAUUUCACAUCAGUCUAUCCCCAAACAAAAGCAAUUGUGA